AUGGGAGCGAACGCAAGCUCUUGUUUCGACGGGGGAGUGGUUGCCGCUGGUUCCACCCCUCUCCACAAAGCUGCUUUCGAGUCUAACCUGGCUGAAGUGAUCAAGCUGCUGGAAGAAGGUGAGCCAGGCAACGCGAUCUCGGACUCAGGAGCGACGGUGCUGCACUUCGCGGCCGCCAACGUGAAGCACGGCAGGGAAAUCACCAAGUUUCUCCUGGAAAAACACAUUCCUGGAGUCACGGUGAGCAGAAAGAACAGGAACGGCGAGGAAGCCAUCCACUACGCCAUCAGGGUGGGCAACCUUGACGUCGUCAAGGAUUUGCUCAACAUCCGAGGCGCGGACGCGCAUCUAAUGCAGUUCUGCGUGAAGCAAAACCAGUUGAAGAUCGCCAUGUUGGUGUGCAAGCAUGACAGCAAUACGAUCAGGCCCAUUGACCCUGAGGGCAGGAGCAUCCUACUUCUGGCAGCGGAAUUCGCCGACCUGAAGACCUUCCUGUGGCUGAUCGAUGAAAAUGUCAACGUCGACUUCCUGUCCGUGAUCGACGGAGACUCUGUCCUGCACUGUGCGGCCAGAAACAUCAAGCACGGAUGGGAGAUCAUCCGCUACCUGAGCUACUUCGUCCCUUCAGAACUGGACGUGGACGAGCGCAACAACCACAUCGAGACGCCCGUCCACGCUGCCCUGAAAUGCAACAAUGUCAUGGCCGCAAAGGAAUUGAUCAAACUGGGGGCUGACCUGGAUAUUGGCAUCCGCGGAGACAACCUCCUCACCUUCUGCGUGCGUUUGAACAAGGUGGACAGCGCCAGGUUCGUUCUUCAACAAAACAGGGAGCAGAUGAGCGAGACGAUGCACAGCGACUGGAACAUCGUCGAGAGCUGCGAGGACAUCCUGAAGACAGAGACGCUUUUCAUUGCAGCUCUGCAUGCUGGUGUGGACAUGUGCAAGUGGCUCGUUGAAGAGGCUCGUCUUGACCCUAGAGUGGUGAAUGAAGCAGACAAAAACCGCGGUGUCCUGCACUACUCUGCCAUGAACCAGAAGUUCGGAUUGGAACUCGUCCGGUUCUUCGUUGGGAAGAAGAUCAACGUCAAUUGGAAAGACAACCUGAACAAGACUCCCCUGAACAUCGCUCUCGGAGCAGAAAAUAUUGAAUGUAUCAGAGAGUUGCUGCGUUGCGGAGCCAAACUGGGACUGGUGGCCUACGAGGAGAAUUACCUUCACUUUUGCGUCAGGUGGAACAAGCUGAAGAGCGCCAUGUUCAUCUGCUACUGGAAACCUGAUAUGAUCAAUCGCAAGCUCGCCCAAGGACAUAGCAUCCUGCACGUGGCGGCGCUGUAUUCUGACGUGAAAAUGUUCAAGUGGCUCGUUGAAAAAGGAGCCAGCGACCUGAGCGAAGAAACCGGAACUGCAGAAACGUCGUUGCACUUCGCGGCUAAGAACAAGGCCCAUGGAAACAAGAUCGCCUCGUACCUCGUUUCCAUGGCGAGAGACAUCAAUGCCAAGAAUCAGUUUCAAGAAACCCCUCUCUGCGUCGCUCUCCUGAACGAAAACCUGAGUUUUGCCGAAGAAAUCGUGAACCUCGGAGCAAAACUGACCACGCCAGUCAGAAACGAGAGCUUGCUGUUCUCUUGCAUUCGCCUGAAGAAGCUAAAAAGCGCCGAAUUCAUUCUUAAGAAGGAGGAGGACAUGAUCAGGCAGCGUGGAAGCAGAGGCGAGACCGUUCUGCACUUCGCCGCGGAGAAAUCCGACCUGGCUACCUGCCAGUGGUUGAUGAGCAAGGGCGCCGACUUCCGUGCCCUGAGCGACCACGGCUCCUCCGUGAUGCACUUUGCCGCCUCGAACAAGGUGAAGAACGGCCAAAAACUCGUCUGCUACUUCAGCUCCUUCAACUUGGACCUGAACGCGAUCAACGAUUCGAAAGAAACGCCGCUGUACACCGCCCUGAUCAAGGACAACGAGGACGUCUUCGAGGAACUGUGCAAGCUCGGCGCCGACCCCAAGGUGAAAAUCGACGGCGAGACUCUGCUCCACUUCUGCGCCUGCCUCGGAAGACUGAGGAGCGCCAAAGCGUUGCUCGCCAAGGAACCAAGUCUGCUCUCGGAGAUCGACAAUGCCGGGAGGACGGCGCUGCACGUUGCCGCCAAGUGGAGCAACACCGAAUUUUUCCAUUGGCUCGUGCAGGAGGGAAUCAACGUUGACGUGAAGGACCACGAAGGCCGCAAAGCCCACGAUCUGCUCCAAUAG